AGCCUCCAUCUACAAACAGCCUUAGCACCGCCACCACUACAACGAGCUCUACUUCGAGUUCGGCUACGCCUAGGUCGUCCAGUUCUUCUACUGCAUCGUCCACGUCUGCAUCUGCAUCCUCGACUGCGGCUGGGUCACCCACUUCCUCAUCGGAUUCGGCACCAACGAUGCCACUCCUUACGACUCCGGUUUACAUCGCUACCACACUCUGCGGUGUAGUCAUGGCCUUCACGGUUGGCAGAAGGUCCUGUGUGGUUCAAGUUUUCGUUUGUAAUGAAACCUCUCGGAAUGUCGGGCAAACAACCAACUUGUGGUCAAGUGUCCAUUUCAGACAUGGUUGGGAGCUCAUUGUAGGCGAUGCGCACCGCGCUGAAAAAAUUCAAGCUUUGCGAUGUGUAUGUCGCCCUCGCAUUCCUCGGCCGUACUAUACGUCAUCGAAAAACCUUCGCUUGGUAACAUAAUAUCCCUUUGGGAUAUUUUCAAUGCGUUGUAGAUAAGUCUCAAGCUACGCAGGAUGCUCAGCCAUAUCACGAAUCCAGUCAAC